GAAACCUGCCUGUCUGCUUCGAACGGAGAGAGAAGGAGGAGCCUGCUGGGUGUGGAACUCCAGACAAAGGAGACAUAAACACACUGACACUGGAGAAGUGAAGCAAAAAAAGAAAGAGACAGCUGGAAAGCGUCAUUUUGCCUGAACUCCAACUAUAAUUUGGGAAACGUCUUGAAGAAGGGAUUUAUUUGGUGUGUGUGUGUGUGAGAGCUGUGUGAGCCUGUUUGCAAGCUGCUGAGGUAUGUUUGUGUUGGAGCUGGACUUUACGUGUGCUGCCCACAGUGCGCAGAAGUGUGUGGGUUAGUGUGUUUGGGAUGGAAAAGUGGGGCUGGCUCAGCAAACAGCUCUGCUCUUAGCUUUACGCCAUGGGGGGCUGCCACAGUUACCCCUCGGCUACAAAGGUAGACACCAAGACUCCUCAGCCGUCUGACAUCCACAGUGAGAAACUCGGAAUCAACAACAAUAACCAGGAGGAGUGUCCGUAUCUGCAGCGGCAAAAUGCUUGCCAGAGGAUCACAGACGCUAACAUGUUUGCCCUCAUAUCAUUGCCGCCUGGCAUGGACAAAGCAGAGUGGCUGGCCAGCAACACUGUGGCUUUUUUCAACCACAUAAACCUGUUCUCCAGCGCUCUGUCAGAGUUCUGCACUCCCAGCACCUGCCCAACUGCCUGUGGACCAGGCAACAUGGUCUACUUUUGGACUGAUGACCAUGGCAGGAAACUGAAAUGCUCUGCUCCACUUUACUUUGACUACGCCAUGUCGUACAUUCAAGAGCUUCUGACUGAUGAAGAUGUGUUCCCCACUAAAGCAGGUGCAACGUUUCCGACGGGAUUCAUCUUCCUGGUUCAGAAGGUCUUCCUACUGCUUUUAAGGACCCUGGCUCACAUUUACUGGUCUCACUACAGUGAGGUGCUUGCUCUGGACAUGCACCCACACCUCAACACUCUUUUCUCUCACCUGACUCUUUUCUGCCAGCAGCACUCGCUGCUGGAGCCUGAAGACAUGAAGCCUCUGCAGGACCUUAUUAACGCUCUGGAGCGGCACGGAUGAAACACUCAAAUUUCCUUACUUUUGCUUAUUUAUUGGUUUCAGUCUGUAAUAUCAGACUCUUCUUUGUAGAACUCCGAUUUAUGUCAUAGCUUAGUUUUUUUUUAAAAAAGACAAGUCUGGAAGAUGUAAAAUGCCAAGAUGAUAUAAGAGUUAUGCUUCCAGUUGGGAGCUCAGUUAUUCAGUUAUUGUCUUUUUUAUCAUAAAAUCUAUAUUGCAUGUUGGUUUUUAGCAUAACUGUGCAUUAUUUUAUUGUCAUCAUCCAUACCUUCUUUCAUGUAAGAUUCAACUUAAAUGUUACUUCAAGAAUUAAUCGUGGCCAACCAAAUGGAGAUGUUGUUGUACUAGGAUUCUUGAGGUCCCACAAGAGUGAAGUGUAGAUGUAGUUGCUAUAAAUGUUCAUCUCUGCAGAUUAAGAUUUUGCUCAAUCUUUGUAUAAAGAUUUGUGAGAAAAGAUUGUGACAUGAUGAGCGACUGAAUGCUUUUUAUUAAAAGUAAUUUUUAUGCGAAAUUCUGGAAUUAUAACAGUUUGGUGUUGUAAACUGGGAUACCAGAUUUUUUUCUGCUCCCUUUUUGUUUCUUUAAUUUCAGAUUUUGGAUUUUAGCAUAAAAACAAUUCAUCCAUCUUUUAUGUAACUGUGCACAAACCACUUUAUCCUAGGUUUAUUGAGCCAUUUCAGUUUCCAACCCUGAUUCAUUGCCAAGAUCCCAUAAAAUAAAAUGGAAAUUUCUUUA